GUAUCAUGUACCGCAGAUGGUGUUUGGUCAAAAGAAUAUCCAAUCUACGAUAGUAGGAUUUUUGGCAAAAAAUACAAAUGAAAACAAUAUGCUGACUAGUACAUCAAAAUCAGUGGCAGAAAAGAAAGUUUUAAAUAAUGAAUGGUCGAAUGAUUUGUAUUUUAAUGAACAAAGGAGAGUAGCUGGGGACUUGGUAACAAUAGACACGAUAAUAAAUCUUGAUAAUUCAGAUAGUUCAGACUCGUGCAAAAGCCCACUUAAAAAAAUGCCUAAAAAUACAGAAGAUAAGCAUUUAUGGACUCCAAAAAAAUGUGACACAAUAUCCAUUAAAGAAAGAAAAAAUAUUAUAAUUUCAGAUUCUGAUACAGACAGUACUAAUUGUAACUCUCCUAGCUCUAAAUAUAAUGGCGAGAGAUUACAGAGAAAUAAUUGGGUUGGUCCUGAUAUUAGAUUGAAUUUGAAAGAUUUAGGUUUAAAUAAGCAAUUAGGCUCAUGGAUUGAAUUGGUUCAACAGAAAUCAGUAAUGUCUACAGUUCCUAUUACAGAAGACAAGUUGCUCGAAAGACGUGAAGAUUUAAAGGAACUUCAAAUUGAAGUUCUUGAUAAAUUUUGUGUUGCGCUCGAGUCAAUUCCAUUACCAAUAUUAGAACAAUUUCCAAAAUUCGAUGCUGACUCUUUCAAAAAGUUGCAAGGUUUGCAUCGACAUAUAAAAGCUAAAUUACGCUUAGUGCAAACCAAAUUAUCAAAGUUGCAAAAGGAAGAUGAAAGGAAUGUAUUCGAAUCUCCAGAAACACCUAGGUCUGCAUCGUCAAUAUCAAUUAAGACACCAAUUUCGUGCAUGUCCGAGAGUCGCUUGAUAAAUGACUGUGAUGGUUUUACUUCAUGUACCUCAGUAUCCAAAACGAUAGAUUUUCAAGAUUUAACAAAUGCAAAGGAGUAUGAUUUAGCAUCCAAUAAUUUGGAAGCUGUGUCAGCAGUUAAGCCACCUGAAAUUAUACCUCCAAAUAAGAAGAGUACUUUCCAAUUAAAAAGACCUGUCAAAACAGUAUUAGGCAUUCAAGUUUCUAAAACGAUAGCAGAAAUGUGGGAAAAAGACCAACAAGUAUCAAAGACAAUGAAUUCUUCAGUGGAUUCCGAUUGUAUCUCCAUAAAAGAUACACUUAAUGACAGUAUUUCAACGCCAUCAAGUAGUGAAAAAGAUGGAUUUACACAAAGAAAUGCCAUCUUGGAUAAUUCGGAAGAUAACAAGAUUAAUACAAAUAAAUCACAAGAUAUGACAGGCACCCAAAGAUUUACUGCAAAAGUUGAAACCUUAACACAAGAAUUAGAUCAAUUUCCAGCUUUAGGAGAAAAUUGUAAUAUAGAUAUAAACGACGAUUUUACAGAUUGGCCAUUGAGUAAUGUAGCACAAAAUAGCAAUUAUCACACUAGUGAUAAAACAAAAUCAAAAAUCGAAAAAAAGAGUGUGGAAUAUGGACAAUUUACUGGUAAUUAUAAAAAUGAUGGUAUCAGUGGAGAAUUUGAUAGUUUAACAUAUUCACAUUCACAAGAAAUGUUAAAGAUAUUUCGACAAAGAUUUGGUUUAUAUACUUUUAGGCCAAAUCAAUUGCAAGCUAUCAAUGCGACACUUUUGGGAUUUGAUUGCUUUAUAUUAAUGCCGACUGGCGGUGGAAAAUCUCUUUGUUAUCAACUUCCUGCCCUUUUAAAUGUUGGAUUAACUAUUGUUAUCUCACCAUUAAAAAGUCUUAUUUUAGAUCAAGUUCAAAAACUUAUCUCACUUGAUAUUCCUGCAGCUCAUUUAUCUGGCUCUAUAACAGAUAAUCAAGCAGAGGCGAUAUACAGGGAACUUUCCAAAAAAGAACCAGCUCUCAAAAUAUUAUAUGUAACACCAGAAAAAAUUUCCGCCUCGCAAAAAUUUUGUAAUACUCUGACUAUUUUGUAUGAGAGAGAAUUAUUGACAAGAUUUGUUAUUGAUGAAGCACAUUGCGUUAGUCAAUGGGGUCACGAUUUUAGACCAGACUAUAAAAAAUUAAAGUGUCUCAGGAACAAUUAUCCCAAAGUGCCAACAAUGGCUCUAACUGCAACAGCCACACCGCGUGUUAGAACAGAUAUUUUGCAUCAGUUGGGCAUGACUAAUCCAAAAUGGUUUAUGUCGAGUUUCAAUAGACCUAAUUUGAGAUACAGUAUAAUAUCGAAGAAAGGGAAAAAUUGUUCUGAUGAAAUCGUAGCUAUGAUAAUGACAAAAUUUAAAAAUACUUGCGGCAUCGUAUAUUGUUUAUCGCGUAAGGAUUGCGAAGAUUACGCUGCACAUAUGAAAAAAAAUGGUAUUAAAGUAUUGAGUUAUCAUGCAGGACUCUCAGAUACUCAAAGAAGCAACUGCCAAGGAAAAUGGAUUUCCGAUGAAGUACAUGUUAUAUGUGCAACUAUAGCCUUUGGAAUGGGUAUCGAUAAACCAAACGUGCGCUUUGUAAUACAUGCAGCUUUACCAAAAUCUAUAGAAAGCUAUUAUCAGGAAAGUGGUCGCGCUGGUCGUGAUGGUGAAAUAGCAGAUUGCAUUUUAUUUUAUCAUUAUGCAGACAUGCACAGAAUCAGAAAAAUGUUUGAACAGGAUAAUCCAAAUCCACAAGUCAUUAGUACACACAUGGAUAAUUUAUUUAAGAUGGUAGCAUUUUGUGAAAACCGUACAGACUGCCGUAGGUCGUUACAGCUUAAUUAUUUUGGAGAGAUAUUUGAUAGGCAACAAUGCAUCUCGAAUAAAAUAGCUACGUGUGAUAAUUGCAGGUCUAAGGCCGAGAUUACAAUGUUGGACGUUACUGAAGAUGCAAAAGAGAUUAUGAAAGCUGUACGAGAUAUUAACAAUAGAAAGAAUUGCAAACUUACAUUAGUAUUCUUAACAGAUAUUUUUAAGGGUAGUGAUCUGAAAAAGAUUAGAGAAUCAGGUCUUACAAACCAUCCUUUAUAUGGUCGUGGUAAAUCAUGGAAUAAAAAUGACAUAGAACGUCUUUUGCAUUAUAUGGUACUGCAAGAAUAUUUACAAGAAAAUAUGUAUAUUAAUAACGAAAUUGCUUGUGCAUACGUAAAAAUUGGACCAAAAGCGAGUGAACUCAUGACAAAAAAAGAUGUAAAGGUACAAAUCCCAACGAGACAAUCGAAUAAAUCUACUAGUGGUGUAGCUACAGUUUCAACAGUUACAAAGAAAGUUGAUGGUAUUAUAAAAGAAUUACAAGAUCGUUGCUAUGCCGAGUUGAUGACGAUAAUACGAGGUAUCGCUAGUGCAUUGGAUGUUUCUGCUUCUUCUAUUAUGAAUAUGGUAGCUGUCAGAGCUAUGAGCCAGCGUUUACCAGAAACCGAAGAAUCCAUGUUACAAAUACCACACGUCACUAAGGCUAACUUUGUUAAAUAUGGCAAAGCUCUUUUAAACAUUACGCAGAAAUACGCGAAAGAAAAAACUGAAUUGCUGAAUGUAAAUGAUGAAGAUAAGAAUAGUGAUGAUAAUGAUAGCACCUGGGAUGACAAUGAUUCUAAUUACUCUUACAGCAAUAAUACUAGCAUUGGCAAGAAACGAAAGAUAAGCAAUAGAUCUAAUAGUACUAAUAAAAAAUAUAAACGAGGUGGUUUCAGUGCAAGAAGGGGAAAAUGUUCAUCAAGAAGCUCAUCAAAAAGUUCAACAAAAUAUAACACUACUACAAAAAAGACAGUAGGACUUGCAAGUUUCAGUCAAAGUAAACAAUAUCUGGCAAAUCCUAACAGAUAUAUGAAUAUUGUUUGAUUAAUUCUUUCAAUUACAAAUUAUUUACGGCAUUUGCAAUAGUAUACAUCACACAAUUCUUGUACAUAUGUUGGGAGAGGUGAGAAUCGUAUGACCACGUUGUGUUUAAUCAGAAGUCUCUUACAGUACUCGGCUUGUGGAAAGAUUCUAGGCAUCGGUUGUUAUGAGUAGCUGUAGUCGAUCGCAACAUGGAGGACACUCCCUCUUGGGAUAGAUGAUAUCCGAAAUUUUCUGUAUGGCAUUUUAGACAUUUUAUUGAACGAAUUUGAAGCAUUGUAAAUUCAUUUUUGUAUCCAAGUAAUCACCAAACAUGUAUAUGAAAUAAAUCUUUCGUAAU